UUGAACCCACCUUCACUUAAAAGAGCCCCAAUCUGGGCAACUAUUCAAGGGAUCCCCUUCGAGCUCAUCACUCCAGAAGGUUUGAGCUUCAUAUGCCGCCCCCUUGGAAAAGCAGUGGAUUUGAAGCCCUUUAAAAGUAUCAACUCAGCGGAAGUCAAGGUGUCACCUACCCAUGGCUCCCCCCUCUUUGCUCUUUGUGUAAUGAGAUUGGGCAUAAAGACUCUCUGUGCCCCCACUAUCAUUGGUCCUGAAAACAAACCUGCAAUACCGCAGUCUGCAAAGUCCCCAGCCCAUUUUAAAGAAAAGAGGAAAGGGAAGGAGAUUCAUGAAGAACAGAAAGCCGUCUGGAAACCAGUCGCCAAUAAAUUGGCAAGCUCAUCUGAGACUGCAGGUCAAAGCUCAGAGGCGCCCCCUGUGCAGGAGUCUCACUAUAUGACCCGGGCUGAGCCUCAAGCUGUCCUUCCAGCUAUUGAUCGCUUUGUUAUAACCCCGUUCAAGACCUCCGAGGUGCCAAAGGAUGAUACCCUACAUACCACUGUCGGUCAUCUUCUCCAGGAGUCCUCAUCCUUAGCAGUCGUCGAGACCCCCUUUCUGCCAGUCUUGAAACCAGCUCAUGCUUCUGCAAGUCCGCUGACUAGGGGUCCAACCAUGCAAACUUCUAAUCUGUUUGAUAUAUUGCUUGUUGACGACAUGGCUAUGGUUAUUUCAGACGAUCCUCUCGCUCCUGAUACCUAUGAACCUUACACUUCUUCUUCAUCACCGGCCCGCGGGAGAAAGAAGAAGAGAAAGAUGGGUUCAAAGUCUUCACCUGUUACUGGUGGCGUUCUUUCUCGUGACGGGGAGAAGCGUCACAACCUC